AUGCAGUCUCGGAUGUGGGAGGCCGGACGUGCCUACGCCACCUGCAGACGGUUGAUCCUCACAGUUGAGGGUUGGAAGAGACUGGGACCCAUGGGAUUUGGAUGCAUUGGAGAUGAAACGGGGUGGAUCGCCAGCCAGCGCAUCAUUGUCAUCAUCAUGAUAUUAUUGCGUAGCCAUCAAGCAGAGCCAAAGGACGUUACUGGUCUGAUAGCCACGCCGUCAAUCAGCUUUGGAACCUCCCCACCUGGAUUACCCCGCAGAAACAUCCACCUCAGCUUCUAUCAUAUACCGAUUGGUGUCAUCCUCCAUCGGGGAAAACAAUACUACCUCAGUACCGAUCUGACUGCUACCGGUCAAUCUCCACACAACCGCAGAAGGGGUAACAAACCGAUACUGCUAAGACGGUAUCUAGUGGAUUCCGCAACUGAGUCGAGCGAAUGCUCGGAAUCCAGGGCUGAGACUAUGAUCUGUCACGGGCCAAUGGCCGACCGCAGCCCGGACUGGGAGUCAAGUGAGCAGCUUAUCCGCUGGGUCUGGGGGAGCUUGAUCCAUGGUACAGCGGACGCAGAUGGGAGACUCUUGCUCUUUGCCAUUAAUAACCAUUAUGGCAACACACGUACGCCGUCGGUCGCAUUCACUUGUAGGGAUCCUUUUCGGGGGUCCAAAACUUCGCACCAGUCCGGUCUACAGGGUUGUCUAGAUUGCGAUGGCUGCGAGUUAGGGAGCGAGGAGGGUCUUGUCGGUUGUACGAGAAUUUCGAGAAUAGAAACCCAUCGAAGAGAUGCGCCAAAUGGAAAUGGCCCGACCGUUGAGACGGGGGUCUGGAGUGGCGCUUCGUGGCUGCGGAUACUGUCGUGUGUGGUUCGGAAUGACCUCCCUCCAGAAGGGAUCGAGACCGAAAGAAAAGAAGAAAAGCAAUUCCGCUAUCUAACCCACGGGAAAGUACGAGGUCUGCAUGCUGCGUUGUCUCUGAAUGGAGGGGGGGCCACUGAUGGUUCCUGGGUGAUGAUGACGGCAAUGAUGUUAAUGGCGACCGAUAAUCGUCAGGCCACAACAAAUGAGAGAGCAGAGCAUUCUGAGGAACGAGCCCCUCCGACUAGGAUUAAUCACUGCCCCGUUGCUAGAGUGAAAGAGGGAGCUGGGGGAUAG